AUGGCAGCUGGCGACCCUGUGACUCAUAGGGUUUCAACGAAACGCCAGCAGUCACGAGACGACAGCGAAAGCCGGCCGAAGAAGAAGGCAAGGCCGUCGAAGCUUGAAAAGAGCCGAAAAGAACAGCAAGAAACCGAAGUCGCAAAGGAAAAGAAGGAAAGCAAGGAGAAGAAGGAAGUCAAAGAGAAGAAGGAAAGCAAAGAGCAAGUCAAAGAGAAGAAGGAAAGCAAAGAGCAAGUCAAAGAGAAGAAGGAAAGCAAAGAGCAGAAGGAAAGCAAAGAGCAGAAGGAAAGCAAGGAGAAGAAGGGAAGCAAAGAGAAGAAGGACAGCAAAGAGCAGAAGGAAAGCAAAGAGCAAGUCAAAGAGAAGAAGGAAAGCAAAGAGCAGAAGGAAAGCAAAGAGCAGAAGGAAAGCAAGGAGAAAGUCAAAGAGAAGAAGGAAAGCAAAGAGCAGAAGGAAAGCAAGGAGAAGGAGGAAAGCAAAGAGAAGAAGGACAGCAAAGAGCAGAAGGACAGCCAGGAGCAGGGAGGAAACAAGGAGAAGAAGGGAAGCAAAGAGCAGAAGGAAAGCGCAGAGCAGAGGGACCACAAGAACAAGAAGGACAGCAAAAGGGGAGUGCAGGAGGCAAGCAAGGAGCAGAAGGAAAGCAAGGAGAAGAAGGCAAGCAAAGAGAAGAAGGAAGACCAGACGGCCAAGAAGCGGAAGAAGGAAGGCACAAGCAAGCAGGACGACGAUGAAACGGCGGAAGCCUUCGAUGAGGUGGCUCUCCUGGAGGCGGAGCUUGCAGCUCGGGAGCUAGCGGAAGCCCAAGAGGACUCGGAGGUUUCAGAUGGCGAGGCACCCGAAGAAUCGGAAGAAGCCAAGGACGAUGAAGAGGAGGACGAGCCAGAGCAGGAGGAGACCAGUGCUCCAAGGACCCCAGGUGCCGGCGCUUUGGACAGUGACGAGGAGCUGCCUCAGUCGCAAGAUUGUGUCUUGGACGAAGAGGACAUGCAGUCCGACUCGUCAAGCGACCAGUCGGAGGAGAACGUGGACGGCGACUCCUUGAGUGACGCUGAGGACACAAAGGCGUUGAGUACGGCCGUGGCGACUGAGCCCGUUCGGAACAGUGCCACACACAAGAAGGAAUGGGCGGUUUUCGAUCGUGCCGUUAAGAACCGCCAGAAGUUCCCCGUCGCUCUGAGCAACUAUGCGAGCAAGUCCAAGACGGAUUUGUUUGCUGCAUGGCUCGAUUGCAAUGGCAAUUGGGAUGUUCUUGCUAUUCAGGGAAAGGACUUGAAGACAAAGUACGCAGACGAGGCAGAAGACUUAUCCGUUUCCGGUUGCACAGUUCAGGCUGAACACAUUUGCCAGGCAAUGUACAAGCAAGUGAUUGCAGCAAGAAAAGCCGAAGGCCGCUGGUACAAAGACAUGGACUUCCCCGACAACGAAGAUGAAGCAUGGUAUUACAUGCCGAAGGGCCACCUGCUGCGGCUUGACAAUGCCACGAGCGAAGAACAAAAGUUGUCUGUCGGACAAGGUAUGGAUGAGGACUUGGCGAAGGUACUGGAGGAGAACAACCUGCUUCAGGCAGGCACCUUGCCUGCGGUACACGCAGCCACUGAGGCUGGCGAGAAGACGCUUCUGGCCUUCUUCGAUGAAGGUGCUGCUGUGGCAAAGCGAGCACCGAAACCCAGGAAGGACAAGGAGUCAACGGAGGAUGCCAAGGAGAUGGAACCGAAGACCGUGCGCCAGCUGGUGGCAGAAGCGAAGCCGGAGAUCCUGAAAGAUGCUUCGAAAGCUCGGGAGACCUCCCUCACCCUGAACAACCUCAACUACGGUGAAAAGUUGGCCGAACAGCUGCUGAAUUACUCCAGGCAGAUGGAGCUGACCUACAAGAGGCUAGCUGAGCUGGAGGCAAAGGAGAGCACCGAGGAUGCCGAGUUGAACAAGUUUCUGAAGUAUGUGGCCAAGAAGAAGCCAUGGUUCCAGCAAGCCCGCUCACUGAUCUUGCGUUGCUGCGGUGUGCGAGUUUUGUUGGAUCUGUGUGCGGAACACAUGCUUGCUAAGGCAGCAGCAAACGGCCUGCAGUCUGGAUUGAAAGCAAAGAAGAAGAAGGCAGGAGCCAAAGCAAGCGCCAAAGGUGCUGCUGCGAAGCCUGCCGCAAAAGCGGUCGCUUUCCAGAUCGUGGGUAUUAUGGGGAAGAGCUUCCUGAAAAAUCGAGUCGGGGAAAGAGCCGCGGGCUGCCCCUGGGCAUGCUUCUAUGGAUUUCGCGGGGACCAGAAAGCGAGACGGGAGUGUCACUUCUUUACGCGGCACUACAACUGCAAUCUGCUUUGCGACCAAUGCGUUGCCAUAAAACCAUCAAAGAAUAUAGUCCGUGGGAUGAACUACAAGAACUUUUCUGCGAAUGCUCCUUUUCUACUCACGACUAUCAGUCACGAAACGUAUUUGAACACAACUUCCGCGAGUGACCUGUCGCCUUGGUCGGCGAUGCCAGGCUGGAGACUUGAGAAUACGUUUUUUGAUUGGAUGCAUGUAGUCCUGCUUGGAGUGGGAAGAGAUGCUGUUGCUGCCGCCAUCAAACUGAUGGUCAUGCGGGGAGUGAUUGGCUGGGAUACAAAGCGAGCAGAUCUGAAGAUGUUGACGCUUUGGAUCAAGAAAGAAUACAAGAGCCGGAAUGGGAAAUCCUUCUCUAUGAUAUCUUUGACCCCUGCAAAUGCUGGCCUGGAUCCUUGGACCGAAUACCCGGAGCUCGGGACAAUUUUCAAGGCUGCGCAAGUCAAGAUCCUGAUCUGGGGAAUAUCGAGAAAACUCCAGGAGGUGGUCAAGCGGGAUGAGGAUUUGGUGAGAAUGGCUCUGGCAAUGCGAGGGCUCAGUGAAGCUCAGAGUUUGCUGGACAACGGCGGCUUGAAGUUCACUGGAAGCGAAGCACGAAAGUUCGAUGAAAUGGUGCACUUGCAUUUACGAACGUGGCAAAGGCUGGCUGUGAAAUUCGAGGACCUCCUCAUCCCUUUGUGCAACAUCCGGCCCAAACACCACUAUCUACAGCAUCUUGCUCGGUAUGUGCUGCGGACCCGAAUAAAUAUUCGGAUACACCAAAACUUCGAUUCUGAAUCCUACAUGGGGAAAAUCAAACGAAUCGCCUGCAAACGCCAUUCGACUUCGAUGUUGCUGCGAGUCCAGCAGCGCUACAUCCUGUACUUGGCGUUGCUCUGGGAUCGAGCAAAACGAGCAUCAGUUGGUGGGGAUGUCAGGGGAAAAUCUUUGGAAGAUAUCUUACCGCCGCAGCCAUUUAGGCUUAUUUCCCCAUUUGCACCUACUUUGCCAGCCAGCAUGGCGCUGUUUGAGCAAUCGGAGCUCGCAGCCUUCCUGCAGGCGCAGGGGGUGCACGAAGUGGUCUGCAACGGGCUCGCCCUCAAGGGGCUCGAGACAGUUGAGGAUCUGGCAUUUGCCUACCCAGACCUCACUAGCUUCGACACUUUCUUGCAGAGCCUUUCGGAGUCGGAUCUCAGUGAUAUGGGGGUCUCGGAUGCACUACAUUCGGUCCAGGCAGCCCGAGCCAGGAAAGCCUUGCGCUCCGCGCACAAGGCACAGGAGGGACCUCAGCCUUCACCUGCGUUGCCAUCCCUCCCAGCAGCCCUCGCCCCUUCUGCCUCACCAUCCUCCUGGAUGGAGCAUUUGCCGCCUAAGCUCAGCUCGGAGGUCGUUCAGGAUCUGGUCACGACCUUUAAGGCCAACUAUCCGGGGGAACUCCUGGACGACGAUACUAUGCCGUCAAUACGCCUUCUCAGCCUUGUGCAACACAGCCUUCAGCCAGGAGAAAAACUGAAGUGGAUACCGUGGCAGCUUCGCCUUAGCUCCAAACAGUACUCCGAAAUUAUGGAGGCCAAGUCAUCUAAGCCUAUGAGGACGGAGGCCCAGCUGCUCGCCUCAGCCAUAUAUGACGACACGCCUGAGAUGGCCGUCUCCCAUCUCCGCCUUUCCGUGUCCUGGCUACAGCGCAUCCAAACAGUGUUCAGGAGCGCUUGGGCACUGUGUGGGGCAGCCCACCUCAACAACCUCGCGAGUCGAGCACUUAGCCUUGCCAGAUCUAGCCGACUCCUCCCUCCGGGGACCAACAACGCAAGAGCUCUUGGCAGCUGA